ACCUCUGACACCAGGCAUCACACAGCUUGGUCCAGGCUGUCUCGGAACCCUUGCGCCAGCUGACUCCGCCAGCCAGAGCAGUGUUCUGCACCCUCUCCCCAGCUAUCUACAGAGAUUCCAAAGGAUACUAAGUCAUCUCUGCCAGCAUCCCAAAGCCUGCACAGAGUCUGCCUCUUUCUAGGCCCUUCGCGAGAAUCAGACGACAGCCCACUCUCCGGGAGCCUGUAAUCUGGCAGUUGCUCAAGGCGUCCAGCCACUAGAGUUUGCUCUUACUCAUCAACGUUCCCAUGAAUAACACUCCAGCUGGACUUAACACUGCCACGGCCAUCACCCUGUCUUCCCAGCUUAUUGGAAGAAUUUUAUACACGCCUCUGGUAGGAAAGCUGUUUAUUCAUUUGCUGGCGUAAGUGGUUUGUGUUGCAGAGCCAGACAGGAGACGGGCUAAAGCACACAUCUCCUCAAUGCUGAUUUUCACUGGCGCUGGCACUUUGUUAUCAUACCGGGCUCUGUUUUGCAAAUGAUCACAGUUCCUGACUGCCUUCGUCAAUUGCACUCGUGAGCACAGCAUCAGGAUCUACAGGAGAGACAAGACAUUGCAGGUGAAGUACUACAACUUCAGGACACCGCUUGCUUGGCCUUCUGAGCCUCCUGGACAGUCAGGGGAAGUUGGAAUCAUGCUGAGGCCGCUGCUGAUCCCAGUGAUGUGUAUCUGCCUUCCAACCUGGCUGGGAACUGCCCAGGCUCAACAUGUGCACAAUCUGAGCAUGGUGCCUGAUGCUUUUGAUGACCAGUAUAUUGGCUGCGUUGAAGUAAUGGAUGUAAUUGCACCUGAGCUGCUAGAGGUGGAAAUGUCCGACUCAUCACUCUUUAGCAUGGUGUGGAAAACAGCCAUAGAAAAAUGGAAAGAUAUGAAAACAAAGGUUUCUCUCCCCGGAGGCUUUGGGGAUGAGCAUGGACAGGCCAUAAUAGCCUAUUCUGACAAAUACAAAUACAACAAUGAAGUGUUUCAAAGAAUAUUUAAUGAGGCUGUACGAGGGGCUGGGACAUCUCAAGCUGAUUACAUGGCCAAUUUCCAGUUUAAAGCCCUUCAUUAUUAUUUGACAAGAGCCUUGCAGCUCUUACAAGGGAGGUGUGAGGUGACACACCACACGCCGGUGUACCAGCGGGUUUCUGACGCUGUGCAUUGGAGCAAAGACGAUCUCCUCAGGUUUGGCUAUUUUGCCUCUUUGUCUAUGAAGAAAGAAAAAGCUAAGCGCUUCGACACAGCGACUCUGUUCACCGUCCACACGUGCUUUGGUGUUCACAUAAGGAGCUUCUCACACUUUCCAGACCAUGAAGAAGUGUUAAUCCCAGUCCAUGAGAUGUUCAGCGUGUUCCCAGGGACUAAUAGUAGCAGCUACGUCCUCCGGAGCACAAACCGGACCUGCAGCCACUUUAACUGCGCGUACCUGGGCAAAAAGAAGAACCAAACAUGCAUUGACAACUCUGGAGGCGUCGCCUUCCCCAGAGAGAUGAGCCCUUCGCUGUUUGGAGGUUCCGUCAUCCUGACCCAUGUUGCUGCUCUGAAGCUGUUUGCUGGGUUCUAACUUUCCCUGUGUGCGUGGUUCAUUUUUUCCCCCCCUCUAACACAAAUCACGGGGAUGAGACUUGCCAGAGCCAAAGCCGUCCGGCUCUCCUGCCAGCGUUUCAAAGGGAAACCAGGAACAGGGAUGGAGUUUCCCAUCAAAAUGGGAGUUCUGUUCCGGAGGGGAUUUGUCGUACGAUGGUAGAGCAAUAAAUGGGUGCACAUUAGAGAACAGUUUCUUGUAGUUCAGUUCUGCCACCACUAUCGUACCAAUGUUGAUGACAUCAAUAAAAGCUGAUUAGCCGAGUGCCUACAGCUAGGUUUAGUUUCUAUUGGUGGUGCACAUUCGCACGUGCCUCGAUGCACAUCAAAAUAUUCCACACAUGGAUGGAAAAGAUUAGAGGGAACACUGGUAUCUGGAAUCCCAGAAAAUGAUGGGGGUGGCAGUUGUGACGGUGAAGCUCGCGCCUGCCCCUUCUUUCAGUCAGGCGGCGGCGUGGUAGCCAGCCUAUCCCCGGCACGCCUGGUGGUGAGUGGAAUUGGGUCAUCCCAUCAUCACUUGGGCCAUGAACUAAGCCUAAUUUACCACACACUGAGUCAGGUUCAUUCAUUUCCAGUACUUGUUUACUAGGCAUGAUCCUAACAAAGACCUUGAAUUAGAGCAGGAGCAGCCGGGCCAAUAGCCACCGCAAGUCCCGGGGCAAGGCGUGAGGGAAGGGCAGUUCCACACCUCUAGAAGGGGAGGGGCCAAGCGCAGCCAGCCCCUUGUGCCACCCAGACUGCAGCGUCCUCCCCCCGACCCCAACCACUCCAGCCUUCAGAGCUGCAUGGAGCAGCGCUCAGACGCUCCUGUGACAACACAAAGGGAUCCGGAGCUCAGCCACUGCCUAUGCUGCAGAAACAGAGGCAGCCGGGGCCUCUGGGCCCCUUUGAAUCUCUGGGCCCCAGGGACAGAGCUCCCUUUGUCCCUCCCUGUGGACAGGCCUGAGCAGGACACCUUUUUUGUGUGCAUUAAUUCACUGGGCAUGCCUUUUGUACC